AUGCUCGGUCCUCCUUCAGCUGCUGCGGGGCCUUCUCGACAGUGCGAGUCUAAUUCUUCUCAGAAUUUGACACCGACGCAAGAAGUACCAGCUGCCUCUACUUUUGGUGUAUUCCAAUAUGAACCUUUACCAAACCCUUCUCCAAUACCUUUUCAGUCGCGCGGUCACCAUGCCUCUUCCGUGCAAUCCGCGCAAAGCUCAUCAAAUGUGAACGUUGAGCCAGCCCCAAGCUCUUAUCAUCCAACCCCAUCAGCAUCGGGAAUGUUCGACUAUUCUCACUAUGUGCCUUUCAACCAUACUUCAAAUGGGUGGGGCGACGGUUUGCCUGUAGUGUCACCGGGAACAUACCAGUAUACACAAGGCGUGUCGCAUAGUGCUCCGGGAGCGUACCGAGCACAAAUACCCCAGACCCUUCAAAAUGUUCAACGGUCACAGCCCUCCCCACCUCCACCUCCAUUCCAUAAACAAUGGGAUGCUGUAAUCAGGAAUUUCCUAUCUUCUGCUGGACUCACACAGUCUGCUCGUGGAUUUGAUGCUGAUAUGGUGGUGAUGAACUCAGAGUGGGAGCAGAAAAGAAUUCCGGUAGCUUUAGGCGAGCUAAUGAAAGAACUUCAUCGGCUGACUGAGAAUGACGUGAAGCAAACAAACAGUGGUACUGAUAACAACCAUCCUGUGGAACGAUCGUUAGAAGAGCGUAAACUCGAGUAUGCGCAUUUCGCGGAUGGCGUGGAACCUCGCUCGCAGACUUCAGUCAUCAAAUCCGUCUCUGAGUUUCUCGCGCGUAAUCGUGCUCGGAACGAUGCGUCUAAUCGUGUCGAGUUCUUGCAGUCUCUCGCUGAGAAAAAGCGCCGACUGGACACAAGCAAUGACUCCAACCUACAGCCAGAGAUCGCCUCCUGCGCUCGUACAGAUGCAAAAACACAAAAUAGAGACAUUCAGAUGAAGUAUGAUAUAGCGAAGAAUGAAGAUGGCCCACUUCGUAGAACGAUGAAAAGUGAAUUUCCGAAAGAUGUAAACGAAGCCCACCGACAGGAGCACGGAUCUGGAGGGUGUAUCGAUGUCGAGCAAUAUCCCGCAUUAGAUGAGAGAAUCCGGAAUAUUGAGUCUCAUGCCGCAAUACGCUACGUUCCGUCUCCGCCGAAAUCAUUGCUCGAUCGUCUAAGGUUCCUCGAGGAUCAUAUCGUACGAUUAGAAAAAGAGUAUCCACCGUGGGCCGCCCUUCAUUUCAAUCAACCGAAACGGGGCUGGCCCCCGCCUCCUCGAGCCACCCCACUCAUCGUUCCUUCUCAUCUUACAUCAAGUACUGCAGACGACCUACCUCCUGCAGAUGCUCCACCGCUACCAGGGUCCCAUGUGUCGUUCGCGGCUAGUUCCACUGUGGAAGCUACUGGGAAAGGGAAGGGUAAAUCGGGCCGCACGCCUAAGUCUAGUCUUCACAGAGCUGUCAUGGAGAAGCUCGAGGUACAGAAAGCCAUGCACGAUAUCGCGGGGAUUAGUAAUGAGGGUAACACUUAG